GAAGGGAAUGUGUGACUGCGACUGCGCGUAUACCUCGAAAGGAAAACAAUAUUUUGAGUACAUUAUCCAUUAUCUAUAUUUUAAAUUUUCAUUUUUUCGUCAGUAUAGUGAUUUAAGUAAAUAGUGGGUUUUCGUCUUUCCGCAUUCUUAAGUAUGCCUGUAUCUAAUAAUGAAGAGGUGACUGUAAAUGGUCUAGCUGCAGGUUCUGGAGAAACCCCCCCAUCAGUAGAAGCGAGUCCUCACUCAAACGAUGUCAGCCCUAGUAUUAAUGAUAUUUUGGUAAUAGAUCCAGAUUGCUUGGAGUUGGAUUUGAAUCAUGGUAGAAUAAAUAAACUACAAAAUUUGGAACCACUGACAUGUAUUGAGAGGCUCUAUUUGCGGUGGAAUUUGAUAACAAAAAUUGAAAAUUUGCACACACUGGUAACUUUAAUUGAGCUGGAGCUCUAUGACAACCAAAUCACCACAAUUGAAAAUCUUGAUUGUUUGGUAAAUUUGGAAGUUUUAGAUCUAUCAUUCAACAGGAUUAAAGAGAUUGAAGGACUGGAUAAUUUGAAGAAACUGAAAAAGCUGUUUUUGUCAUCUAACCGAAUAAGCAAAAUACAGAAUUUGAGCCACCUGGAAGCAUUGAAUCUAUUGGAGUUGGGUGACAAUAAAAUAAGGGAAAUUGAGAAUUUGGAUGGUUUAACAUCUCUUCAGUACUUAUAUCUAGGAAAAAACAAAAUCACAAAAAUUGAUAACUUGGAUUCACUAGUCAAGUUAACAUGUUUAAGUUUACAGAGUAACAGGUUAACAGCCAUUGAGAAUUUGGAAAACUUGAAGGAGUUAAAUGAACUGUAUUUGUCGGAGAAUGGAAUCACAAGAAUAGAGAAUCUCUCUGAAAACAAAAAGCUUGAAACCCUGGAUAUUGCACAAAAUAAAAUAAAAACAAUUGAAAAUAUUUCCGAAUUAGAAGAACUCACAGAAUUUUGGAUGAACAAUAAUGAAGUAUCUAGUUGGGCCACUGUUGAAAAUCUGUCUGCUCUCAAAAAGUUGGCUACAGUUUAUCUGGAAAAGAACCCAAUCGCAGAGGAUCCCAUGUAUCGACGAAAGCUGAAGAUGAUAGCUCCAUCUCUUACACAAAUUGAUGCUACUCUAUGUCGCUAAACCCUAUUUUCAUUAUAAGCUUACUUUGUUAGUUAUGUCAAACAUCUCCGCAUUUAAAAUAAAAAAUAUUCUAGAUAUUAAUGUA